AUUCGCUGAUGUUGAUCCUGGACCAUCAUAAUCAUUUCUGUUUAAAUUCGGUGAUGUUGAUCCUGGACCAUCAUAAUCAUUUCUGUUUAAAUUCGCUGAUGUUGAUCCUGGACCAUCAUAAUAUUUUCUGUUUAAAUUCGCUGAUGUUGAUCCUGGACCAUCAUAAUAAUUUCUGUUUAAAUUCGCUGAUGUUGAUCCUGGACCAUCAAAAUAAUUUCAGUUUAAAUGCAUUGGGUUAGAGAACUUGUUAUACUUGUUGGAAUUAUAUUUGUUAACAGUUUUUUUCUCUUUCGUUGUUUACAGUGAUACUUUACAGUCGCAUCACAUAUGAUUUAUUAUGACUGAUCGCACUUUAGAGUCCUUAGUGGGCUGUAUUGGGCCUUACAGUCUUUCAGCUGGCCAUUUAAAAGCACUGUAUGAGCCAGGUUACAUUCCAGAUGUGGUAAUAGAUGCCCUCAUGUUUAUCAUCUGCAAGAAAUACCAGGAUGUGUACAGUAUUUGCACCCAGUCAAUGACGAAGAUUCUGUCCGGAUCACAGAGGGUCAAAAGUCACUACUUUUGCAAGAAAAACAUACUUAAAAGCUAUGAGAGAGUCAUUGGUGCUGUGCUGGAAAAUAAAAAUCACUGGACACUUUUUUUCUGUGACCUAACUAAACAAGAGGUCACAUACUUGGAUUCAUUUGGUGAGACAAAUGAAAAGAAAGAGAAGAUUCUUAAGAACUGGAGUUCUUUUGCCAAGGCAAAGGGAUGUAUCCUGGAGUGGAAAUGGAAUGAUGUGCCCCAUCCACGGCAGGACGACGGACAUUCUUGUGGAAUCCAUGUGCUAAUGUUUGCUCAGGCCCUGCUUGAUGGAAAAGGAUUUGUGGAUGGAUAUUCUUCUACUGAUAUUCCUCAGCUGAGGGCACAGCUCUGCUACACUCUAUUUUCCUCCUUGGAUAGAAGUAUGAAGUGCACAGUGUGCUGGGGUGUCCUAAUCAAAGACAAGGUGGCAAUUUUAUGUUGCAGCCUCUACAAAGUCAAGAAAGUAAGCAGACAGAGGGAAGCACAAGAGUAA